GUGGCUUGAGGGAGGAGCGGGGCUUCUGGGAGGGUGGUCGGCGAGAUGGGGGAGGGGCUGGAGAACGAGGGCGGGCCUCGCACCUGACCCCCGCCCUCCGGGAAGAGCAGCGUAUCUUCCAACACCACGUGGUAGCCGCUCAGCUUCUCUUCGUUGUUGCCACUGCCUUUCCCAACGGUUUGCAGCUCCGCGGGGCGGCAGGAGAGCACGGUGGUGCUGAACUGCGUAGAAAAGGGAGGGCCGUAAGGCGGGGCCUGCCAGCCGACCCCCGCGCCCGAUCCCUCCCCAUCCCCGUCGAUCUCGAACCCCCAGCUUCAGCUCUCACCUCUCGAGCGUAGCUGUCCCGCUGGCACCGGAACGUCAUGGUUGCCGGCUCCCUGGCCGCGGAGAACGCUAAGCUGGAGGACUGGCAAGGGCGGAGCUCAAGCCCUACGUAGGACCUGCGUUUCUCCCCUCUGCGUGGUAGAGUGUCUGGAAAGGGGUAACGGACGGUAGGCGGCGUGGGACAGAAUUAGCGAAAACGGAAAUCGGGGACUCCUCCCUCUCGGUCGUUUAGUAACCUGUAGCGAAGGUCUCAAAAACCGGAAGUGAAGUGUGACCACCGGAAAUCAUGGAGCCGGGCAAGAUGGCGUCCCCCAAGAGCUCUCCGAAAGAUGCCCAAGUGAUGGCCCAAAUUCUGAAGGAUAUGGGGAUCACAGAGUACGAACCAAGGGUCAUCAACCAGAUGCUGGAGUUCGCCUUCCGCUACGUCACCACGAUUUUGGACGAUGCUAAAAUUUAUUCGAGCCACGCCAAGAAGCCCGCGGUGGAUGCGGACGAUGUGCGGCUGGCCAUCCAGUGCAGGGCCGACCAGUCGUUCACGGCGCCGCCGCCGAGGGACUUCCUGUUAGAUAUCGCCCGGCAGAAGAACCAGACCCCGCUGCCGCUGAUCAAGCCGUACUCGGGCCCCCGGCUACCGCCGGACCGCUACUGCUUAACGGCGCCCAACUACCGGCUGAAGUCCUUGCCCAAAAAGGUGCCCUCCGCGGCGGGCAGAAUCACGGUCCCGCGGCUCAGCGUGGGCGCCGUCAGCAGCAGGCCCGGCACCCCGACCCUGGGCGCGCCCUCGUCCGCUCCUGCAGUGGCCGUGGCCGCCGACGUCGCCACCCCGCUGUCUCUGGCCGGCCAGAGGUUCACGGUGCAGAUCCCGGCCUCGCAGAGCCCCGCGGUCAAGGCCGCGAUGCCCGCGGCGCCCGCCGUUCAGAACGUCCUGAUCAACCCCUCCCUCAUCGGGUCCAAGAACAUACUCAUCACCACCAACAUGGUGUCGUCGUCGUCAUCGUCGUCGUCCUCUUCCUCCUCGUCGUCGUCGUCCUCGCAGAGCACCCCCGCCGAGUCCUCGAAUUCGUUGAAAAGGAAGCACGAAGAGGAUGACGACUAUGACAAUUUGUAGAGGACGGAAGCCGGGCCUGGUGACUGUCAAAGGCUGAACAUCUCCAGUUCAUUCAACUAUCCUCAUAUGACAUGGACUCAAGACCCUUCACCAUCAUGUUUUUUUGGACGACGUCCUGCUUAUCAGUGUCCUUCCUAAACUGUGGUGCCAUGGUGAAACCCUGCUUCCAGCAGAAUUCUUGAUAUUACUGAUGCUUCCUGAAAGUGUUGUUUCCUUGAAAAAAAAAGUAUCCGGUUUCUUUUGCCUCCUUUCCUACCCCACACAUUUUCUCAUUUGAAAAAACAACUAGAUCCCCAUCUAGCUAUGGCCAAAGUCAUGAACAUCAUCCAAAUUAACUUCUUCAAAUGCUCUUUUUCCCAGGCAUGUUCUGGGUGUAGUUAAUUUAAUAGGAAACCUAAGUAUAAACCCUAGCAGCCCAGUUUUGAAAGAGAUGCCUCAUGGUGGUGUGGAGGUGACCCUUUGUUUUUUAAGCCAAUGAAUAAACACACAUUCUGGCAGGUCCUUAUGAUCUGGGAAGGCUUCAAGUAUGUCCUCAGAAAUAAACUUUACCUGCUGUCUGAAGACCAGUCCAGCUAAGUGCAAAAGAGGAUCAUCAUAAAAUAUAAAAUGAUCCUCUGCUCUGUACAGCAGACAUAAUUUCCAUGGUAACAGUGACAGAAUGGUGGGAAAGGAACACUUUUAAGACUUGGUUCUUAGACUGUCUAGACAAUUUAACUAUUGUUUUAAGUCUGCAAUCUUUGUUUACCAACUGAUAAUACUGGAGGAACUGAAAUAUCCAUGGGCACAUUGUUAUUACAAAUGUAAGCCAGAAGACAUGAAGUUGUUGGUUAAAUGGAAGUCUGGUUCCCAACUUCCCAGGGUGGGGUUUGUUUCAUCAUGUACCCAAAGGCUACAAGUAAAGUCAUUCUGUGAGAUGCAACCUUAGAAUUCUGUGUCUCCUCCUCCCUCAACUCCCUUAUUUAGGGAGCAUAAAGAAGUGGAUUAUUAAACGCAAAAGCUAUGAAAUGGCACAUAUCUUGUGAUCAAAUAAUUCUCCUUUGGGCAAUAUACCUCAAGGAAUUAACUAAAAAAAAAGUUAUUUUACAAAAGUCUGUCAUGGCAUUGUUUAUAAAAUUGGAAACAGCCCCAAUAACCACCAAUGGGGAAAUGGCUCAAUAGCCUAAGGAUACUCAUAUGCUAGUAGUUUGCAUUUAGAUAGCACUUUAUAGGGCACUUUCUUCACAGCCUAGUAACACAGCAAGUGUACUGUUGCCCCAUUUUACAGAUUACCGGGCUUAUAGAUGUUGAGUGAGUUGCCUAUCGUCAUACUGAUAAUUAAUGCCAGAUCUGGGACUUCAAGAUCUUCUGGCUUUAAAUCCAGUGUUCAGUCCACUAUAUGAUAAUUAUGAAAUAUGUAUAGCAUUUUGAAACAUGCAAAUGGGUGUAUGUGAAAUCAUGUUAAGUUAAAAAAAUAAUACAUGAUAGAAGUCAUCAGAAAUGUACAUAGAUUUACAAAGGGGAGAAGGAAAUAUGGAGAGAUGAAGAUAGCAUGUUCAUUCUCUUCUGUAAUGUUGCUUAAGUUCCUAAUAAAAGAAAAAAAUUACAAAAG